AUGGACGUCGACGACGAGAUCGAGUCUAUCCUCUUCAUCAUAAGGGAGAUAUCCAUAUACAAGAUACCGCCCUUGAAAGUCAACGCCGGCCAUCGCGCAAUGGAAUGGGGCGAUCUCAGCAAUCCUCUAUGGAAAGGCCGUCUGAAAAUAGUGGAGAAAUCAUCUGGCGCAUCCCUGCUAUUUGAGGAUGCCCAGACAGUAUUCGCUAAGACUGCAUAUGAUCCCGAUCGCCCUUCUGUUGAAGCCGUGUUGGAUUCAUCGCGAUAUUUCGUUGUUCGGAUCGAGGAUGCUGGAAAGAAGGCUUACAUUGGACUUGGAUUUGCCGAAAGAACCGACAGUUUUGACUUCAACGUCGCACUCCAAGAUUACUCAAAGCGCCACAGGGCGGCCCUCCACCCGCCUCAUAGCGAGGCUGAAGAAGCACCCUCUCCUCAUGUACCCGCUGGUCCUAAAAAGGAUUACAGCCUCAAGGAGGGGGAAACCUUCACCAUUGCUAUUCCAGGUAGAAGCAAACCUGUGGCUUCAGAUACCAAUCUUCUAGGAUCAACUACGCAGUCUUCAUCUCAAACCUCCGCCGGGGGCGCAGUUCCGCUCCUACCUCCUCCGCCAAGCUCCAAGAAACGGUCAUAAACUGUAUUUAAGAUGUUUUCGAAUGGAUAUAUCGUCUUGAAAUCAAUCGUUUCACGUUGCUGCUCACUGCUUAUACAGAAUACUGUUUGCAAAGACGUGUAUUAGCAAGCGUUGAUACAAAUGCUUGGUUCCAAGAAUAGUGCUGUAAUCUGAUUGGGAUCCUGAGUUAGAACAUGCAUGAUAUUCAAACGUGCCUGUACAAUGGAACGUCAUGUCGACGGAUCUAUCUUGAUCAUCAUCGUAGAGUCCGACAAAUGCGCUGAUGAUUGUAGAUCAUCCAUCUGUACUUUGUACUUCGCAAG